CUUCACUGCAGGAAGUGUAGCGAAGCAGCACGGCGCAUGCUCUCGUGCCUCUCCGGCAAGCGGAGGAUGAAUUAUCCCCUGCUGUAAUACGCUCUGUGGGGAGGGGUGAUGGCGGGUGCUGAGGUCAUUGUGUCUUCAGGGGAUCUCAUGACGGUGAAAGAAGAGGAAGGGGAGUCCAGUGGCAACAACCAUAAGACUCAAGUCAUCCUGCACCUGCAGCCCAUCCUGCAUGGGGUGAAUGAUGACAUUGCUGACACGGGCACGACAGUCUUGGCCAUAGAGACACAUCAUGAAGACAGUAAAGCAGAAGGAGAGGAGAUCGAGUAUGGCUACCCCAUCACCUGUGGAGACAGCAGAGCGGUUCUGCUUUUUAAGAAGUUUGUGUGCCCUGGAAUCAAUGUCAGAUGUGUGAAAUUCAACGACCAGCUCAUCAGUCCUAAGCAGUUUGUGCACCUGGCUGGGAAAGCCACUCUGAAGGACUGGAAAAGGGCCAUCAGGCUGGGAGGAGUAAUGCUCAGGAAAAUGAUGGACUCCGGCCAGAUAGACUUCUACCAGCACGACACCGUGUGCAGCAACACCUGCCGCAGCACUAAAUUUGAUGUGCUGAUCAACAGCACGCGGCUUCCUCCAGGGGCCUUAGUGCAGCCGAGCCCGUCAUGUCUGGCUCUCGACCCUCUUGGAGGACAGGUGCCUCCCCUGACAGGAGAGGUUGCACGUGAUGCAGCAGAAGUAGAGGAGCCUUUCGAGGAGAAGGUCAACACAGCGGCAGAGUGGAGCCCCGCUCCAGCCCGGCCUGCGCAUCCCACAACAGCCAAUGGACACACUGCAAAGAGAAAGAGGGCUGACACACCUGAUGGAGUAUUGAGCCUGUGGAAGGGCGUGGCAGACUCUGGGCUGAUGGGGGAGGUCCUGUCCACUCUGCAGACUGAAUUAUUAGCCACUCUGAAAGGAGUGGAGGUUCGCAGUGAGAAGGCCAGCCUGCAGGAGACAGAUGCUGUCAUACUUAAUUCCCUGUGUAAGAUGUUUGGGCUUUUAGACCCAGUGAAGCAAGCUCUGGACCUGAAGCGCAGCCAGGAUGAAGAGAUCAAAAUCCAAAACAAUGCUUAUGUGUUGGAUGAAAUUUUAGAGGACCGGAGGAAACAGAGCUGUAUUCAAAACUCCUACAAAAUAAAAUCCUUGAAACACCUACGACCUCAACAUCAUAACCUUUCAAACAGCCAAACCCACAACUUGCUGUCCCCCAUCAAAACAAGCCGGGUGAUCCAGCCGCUCUCUGCUAUCGGUUUAUCUGCCACAACUUACGCUCAGCUCGCCCUCAACCCUCAGCUCUUCACGCAUGUCUCUUCCUCCACUGGACAGCAUCGCCAUGCUGGAGCUGGCAGGACGGACAGGGACAGCCAUAGUCCCUCGCCGGAGAGGCAGCAUGAGGCCAGUGAGGUUGGGAACCGGGAGAAGCUCCUCAGGCUCAGACAGGAGGGUGUAGAGACAGAGGACGCCUCAGGGGUCCACCGACAGAGAACAGUUGAGUUUGAAGAUGACCCCCACCUUAGGAGUCAGGAAGUGGAGGAGACCGAGGGUUUGCAUGACAUUGAAAAGGUGGUCAUGGGAAGAAAGGCAUCAAAGAAACAUAAACGUAAGUGAGGGUGAGAGACAAUCCCAAAGGGGACGCUGGACUGAGUGAGGGAAUGUGCCUGACACAAGACUAAAAGGAAAAAGAGAAAAAACAACAUUAUUUUGUCAAACUACUUUUUUUCUUGCAUUCUUGUAUAUACGUUGUAGUUACUUCAGCUGGUGUUGCUGCAGCGGUGUUACAAGCACGGACUUGUUCUUGCAUUGACGUCGUCAGCGACACGUUCAAGUCAGGACAUGUUUUUCUAAUAUUUUCUAAACUUAAAACACAAUAGAGCUGAAACAAUUAGUCGAUUCACUGACUAGUGGACCGAGAGAAAAUUAAUUGGCAACAGUUUUGAUAAUUGAUUAAUUGUCUAAGUCAUUUUAUAAACAAAAAUACCAUAAAUUCACUAGUGCCAUCUUCUCAAAUGUGAAUACUUUCUGAAUGUUUGUGUUUGGGACAGUUGGUUGAACAAAAUGCAUCACUUUAAAAUUGCAAUGGACAUUUACAAAUAUAUAUGUAUAUAUUUUCAGAUUUUUAUAGACCAGAAGUGAUUAAUUCAGAAAUUAAUCAGCAGUUUAACUGAUAAUGAAAACCACAGACUCCUCUCCUGCCUGUUGUGUAUAGUAAGCAAGCAAGUAUUUCUAAAUUUUAAAGAUGCCUUUCAGAUGUAUGUAAAUAUAAUAUCGACCUUAUCUAAAGUAGUAGGCAACAUUUUCUGGUACUUGUGACAUUUCCUCAGACUUUUAUAAUUAAUUUCUAGUACUAUUUGUAAUUGAAAAUAAGUAUUUUGUGAGUUACAAUGUGUUGGAUUUUAUAGAAUUUUGAUUUUGUGAAGUACUUCUCACUCAGGCUUGUAAGACCUGUCUAAGAUCUAUGCACCAGACGUUCUGAAGAACAGAGUAUUCUGAAUUUCUGACAGUAAAAACUAUAUAAAGUAAGUAUUGUGACUGUUGAUGUGCUUGUUGCUUUAAACAGGGUUUAAACAUGUUAGUUAACGUGCUUUAAAUACAUAGUCUUGUUCAUUUACUUCCCCCCUUCUCUUUAUCAUAGACAAAAUAUAAAGGGAAAAAUAUGUUAUGCACAUGAGAAUAUGAUGAAAAGGACCAUUUAAGACAAUGAAACUAUUUUAAAUAAAAACCUUCAUGUUUGA